AUGGAGUCUUGCAUGGUAUUUGGUGCAGUUAAUGUUGAGGUUGGUGCUGUUGAUAUUGAGGAUGGUACAGUUGUUGUUACUAGAGUGGUAGAUGUUGGUGCAGUUGAUGUUGAGGUUGGUGCAGCAGUUGUUGGUAGAGUGCUAGAUGUUGGUGCAGUUGUUAGUGCAGCAGUUGUUGAUAGAGUGGUGGAUGUUUGUGCAGUUGUUGUGGUGGAUGGUGCAGUAGUGGUUGGUAGAGUGGUAGAUGUUGGUGGAGUUGAUGUUGAGGUUGGUGCAGUUGUUGGUGAUAGAGUGGUGGAUGUUGGUGCAGUUGAUAUUGAGGUUGGAGCAGCAGUUGCUGGUAGAGUGGUAGAUGUUGGUGCAGUUGAUGUUGAGGUUGGUGCAGCAGUUGUUGGUAGAGGGGUAGAUGUUUCUGCAGUUGAUGUUGAGGUUGGUGCAGUUGUUGUUGAUGGAGUAGAAGAUGUUGGUACAGUUGAUGUUGAGGUUGGUGCAGUUGUUGUUGAUGGAGUAGAAGAUGUUGGUACAGUUGAUGUUGAGGUUGGUGCAGUUGUUGUUGAUGGAGUGGAAGAUAUUGUGGUAGAUGUUGGUGCAGUUGUUGUUGACAGAGUGGUUGAUGUUGGUACAGUUGUUGUUGAAGGAGUGGUAGAUGUUGAUGCAGUUGUUGUUGAGGUUGGUGCAGCAGUUGAUGGCAGAGUGGUAGAUGUUGGUGCAGUUGAUGUUGAGGUUGGUGCAGUUGUUGUUGAUGGAGUGGAAGAUAUUGGUGCAGUUGAUGUUGAGGUUGGUGCAGCAGUUGUUGGUAGAGUGGUAGAUGUUGGUACAGUUGUUGUUGAUGGAGUGGUAGAUGUUGGUGCAGUUGAUGUUGAGGUUGGUGCAGUUGUUGUUGAUGGAGUGGAAGAUAUUGGUGCAGUUGAUGUUGAGGUUGGUGCAGCAGUUGUUGGUAGAGUGGUAGAUGUUGGUACAGUUGUUGUUGAUGGAGUGGUAGAUGUUGGUGCAGUUGAUGUUGAGGUUGGUGCAGUUGUUGUUGAUGGAGUGGAAGAUAUUGGUGCAGUUGAUGUUGAGGUUGGUGCAGCAGUUGUUGGUAGAGUGGUAGAUGUUGGUACAGUUGUUGUUGAUGGAGUGGUAGAUGUUGGUGCAGUUGAUGUUGAGGUUGGUGCAGUUGUUGUUGAUGGAGUGGAAGAUAUUGGUGCAGUUGAUGUUGAGGUUGGUGCAGCAGUUGUUGGUAGAGUGGUAGAUGUUGGUACAGUUGUUGUUGAUGGAGUGGUAGAUGUUGGUGCAGUUGAUGUUGAGGUUGGUGCAGUUGUUGUUGAUGGAGUGGAAGAUAUUGGUGCAGUUGAUGUUGAGGUUGGUGCAGCAGUUGUUGGUAGAGUGGUAGAUGUUGGUACAGUUGUUGUUGAUGGAGUGGUAGAUGUUGGUGCAGUUGAUGUUGAGGUUGGUGCAGUUGUUGUUGAUGGAGUGGAAGAUAUUGGUGCAGUUGAUGUUGAGGUUGGUGCAGCAGUUGUUGGUAGAGUGGUAGAUGUUGGUACAGUUGUUGUUGAUGGAGUGGUAGAUGUUGGUGCAGUUGAUGUUGAGGUUGGUGCAGUUGUUGUUGAUGGAGUGGAAGAUAUUGGUGCAGUUGAUGUUGAGGUUGGUGCAGCAGUUGUUGGUAGAGUGGUAGAUGUUGGUACAGUUGUUGUUGAUGGAGUGGUAGAUGUUGGUGCAGUUGAUGUUGAGGUUGGUGCAGUUGUUGUUGAUGGAGUGGAAGAUAUUGGUGCAGUUGAUGUUGAGGUUGGUGCAGCAGUUGUUGGUAGAGUGGUAGAUGUUGGUACAGUUGUUGUUGAUGGAGUGGUAGAUGUUGGUGCAGUUGAUGUUGAGGUUGGUGCAGUUGUUGUUGAUGGAGUGGAAGAUAUUGGUGCAGUUGAUGUUGAGGUUGGUGCAGCAGUUGUUGGUAGAGUGGUAGAUGUUGGUACAGUUGUUGUUGAUGGAGUGGUAGAUGUUGGUGCAGUUGAUGUUGAGGUUGGUGCAGUUGUUGUUGAUGGAGUGGAAGAUAUUGGUGCAGUUGAUGUUGAGGUUGGUGCAGCAGUUGUUGGUAGAGUGGUAGAUGUUGGUACAGUUGUUGUUGAUGGAGUGGUAGAUGUUGGUGCAGUUGAUGUUGAGGUUGGUGCAGUUGUUGUUGAUGGAGUGGAAGAUAUUGGUGCAGUUGAUGUUGAGGUUGGUGCAGCAGUUGUUGGUAGAGUGGUAGAUGUUGGUACAGUUGUUGUUGAUGGAGUGGUAGAUGUUGGUGCAGUUGAUGUUGAGGUUGGUGCAGUUGUUGUUGAUGGAGUGGAAGAUAUUGGUGCAGUUGAUGUUGAGGUUGGUGCAGCAGUUGUUGGUAGAGUGGUAGAUGUUGGUACAGUUGUUGUUGAUGGAGUGGUAGAUGUUGGUGCAGUUGAUGUUGAGGUUGGUGCAGUUGUUGUUGAUGGAGUGGAAGAUAUUGGUGCAGUUGAUGUUGAGGUUGGUGCAGCAGUUGUUGGUAGAGUGGUAGAUGUUGGUACAGUUGUUGUUGAUGGAGUGGUAGAUGUUGGUGCAGUUGAUGUUGAGGUUGGUGCAGUUGUUGUUGAUGGAGUGGAAGAUAUUGGUGCAGUUGAUGUUGAGGUUGGUGCAGCAGUUGUUGGUAGAGUGGUAGAUGUUGGUACAGUUGUUGUUGAUGGAGUUGUAGAUGUUGGUGCAGUUGUUGUUGAUGGAGUGGUAGAUGUUAGUGCCGUUGAUGUUGUGGCUGGUGCAGUUGUUGUUGAUGGAGUGGUUGAUGUUGGUGCAGUUGUUGUUGAUGGAGUGGUAGAUGUUGAUGCUGUUGAUGCUGUUGAUGUUGUGGAUGGUGCAGUAGUUGUUGAUAGAGUGGGAGAUGUUGGUGCAGUUGUUGUUGACAGAGGGGUUGAUGUUGGUGCAGUUGUUGUUGAUGGAGUGGUAGAUGUUGAUGCCGUUGAUGUUGUGGAUGGUGCAGUAGUUGUUGAUGGAGUGGUAGAUGUUGGUGCCAUUGAUGUCAUGGCUGCUGCAGUUGUUGUUGUUGAUGUAGUGGUAGAUGUUGGUGCGGUUGUUGCUGAGGUGGUUUCAGUUGUUGUUGGCAGAGUGGUUGAUGUUGGUGGAGUUGUUGUUUGUGCAGCUGAUGAUGUAAGUGAAAAUAAAACAGCACAAUAA